AUGCCCGGCCAGGAGAGGGCCGCUGGCACGCCGCUGGUCCGAGCCGCCGCCGGCCGCCUCAGCACGCCCGGCACGCCGCUGCAACAGGCGCGCAGUCGGCUGCACGUGGCCGCCGUGCCGGACGCGCUACCCUGCCGCGAGAACGAGUUCUUCGACAUCUACACGUUCGUGGAGGCGCGUCUGCUCGACAGAACUGGCGGGUGUAUGUACGUGAGCGGCGUGCCCGGCACGGGGAAGACUGCCACCAUGCGAGAGGUGGUGAGGAGCCUGCGCGAGGCCAGCGACGCCGGCCUGCCUGACUUCCAGUUUAUCGAGGUGAACGGGAUGCGGCUGACGGGCCCCGAGCGUGUCUACAGCCAGAUCAUCGCCGAGCUGACCGGGACGAAGGCCGUGCCCGAGCACGCCGCUCAGAUGCUGGACAAGCGGUUCUCGGCACCGGCCGGCCGCCGCCGACCCAUCCUGCUCAUGGUGGACGAGCUGGACCUGCUGUGGACCCGCAAGCAGAACGUGCUGUACAACCUGUUCGACUGGCCGAGCCGGCGUCACGCGCAGCUGACUGUGGUCGCCAUCGCCAACACCAUGGACCUGCCCGAGCGCGUCAUGAUGAACCGGGUGUCCAGCAGGCUGGGCCUGACCAGGAUGACCUUCCAGCCGUACACGUUCCAGCAGCUGCAGGAGAUCGUCACCAGUCGGCUCAGUGGGCUGGACGCCUUUGACCCGGACGCCGUCCAGCUGGUGGGCAGGAAGGUGGCGGCGGUGUCCGGGGACGCUCGCCGGGCGCUGGACAUCUGUCGGCGGGCCACGGAACUAGCGGAGACAGGGCCCGCCGAGGGGCGGCGCCUCACGUCGCCAAAGAAAUCUGCCGCUUUGGUCACCAUGGAACACGUCAAUGGGGCAAUCCAAGAGAUGUUCUCCUCGCCCAAGAUCAUGGCAAUUCGCUCGUGUCCGCUGCUGGCCCGUUCGCUGCUCCAGGCUGUGGUGGCCGAGUUUCAGCGCACCGGCCUGGAGGAGGCACGACUCGGACGCGUCUACGAGCAGCUGGCCGCCGUCUGCCGCUUUGAAGGUGCAUCACCCCCGCCGACACUGUCGGAGACGUUCGGCCUGAUGUCGGGCCUGUGCGCCUGCCGGCUGCUGCACGCCCAGCACGCGCGGCACGACCUCGAGACCAGGAUCAGGCUCAACAUCAGCGUCGAUGACGUAUCCUACGCGGUUCCAGAACGCGUGGUACCGUGCUCUCGCUGCACGUAG